AUGGCAACUCGACAGCGCGAUGUCAUCCAACUCGUCGCCUCCGAGUGCAAUUCCUUCGCCGAGCGUUUCUUUUCGGAGCACCGCCGCUAUUUUGAAGAACUGACCAGCGGUGAAGUAGGAUCUGGAGAGCAGAAGGCUGAAUGGUUUCAAGUGUUCAAGAGGUUUGAGGCAGAAGCCGAGUUGACAGUGCAGAACGCAUUGAUGCUGUGGGGCGCUGUCCAAGCCAAAACCUUCGAGCAAGAGUUCAUCGAGGCAGCAAUGCAGUCAGAUGCUCUGAAUGAUUAUUUGUCUCUGACGGAGUACCCCAUGUUCGUCAAGCGCAUGUGGAGGGAGGUUCAAGCAAAGCGCGAAAGAGAUGCCAAGCUCGGAGAGGACAGGGUGGCCUCGCCGAAGUUCUGCCGGCAGACAUCCAACCGGUCCCUGGGAGAUGCAAAGCGACGCACAGUGCAGCAAGCCGUCACUGCAAGCCCUUCCCAGUGCCAAUCUUUUGAGUUUUGCCAGGGUUGUGACCCUCUUUGUUUUGACGACCGCAUGUGGAGACUUUGGACCUGCUCACGACGGGUGAAGGCGAGCAGCUUGACAUGGGCCAAAGCCGACGACACCUAUGGAGGACAGCAUCGUUUCGGAACGCUUGGCCGCACUGGACCAGCGAUUGGCAGAGAUUGA